UUUAGUCCGUGACGUCAUCGUUUACCUCGUGACGUCAUAAGAGGCACAGUUUAAAUGGCAGGUGGUGAAAUGUUGCCUUUUCCACGCUAAUAUCACCGUUUCUAGCCACCUGCUGACCACGUCCUGCUUCAGACGGCACCGUGAAGGCCAGGAGAAGCCGUGGACACCUACAGGAGGAUGGAGUACCUUGGGAAAGACCUGAAAAUAGCCCGGAAAUAAGAGCGCCGAGUUCCCGUCACGUUGAGGGUUGUUUGGUAUUCUUAGACUCGUCAGAAAAUGGCUGAGCAAACCCAGACGUGUUUUGUGCUUAAUGCAGAUGUGACAGCAGCGAGUCAGGCUGACAUUGAGCCAUGUGGGGAGCUUCGUAUCUGUUUGGUUGGGAGCCUUGCAGAUGAUGCAGAGACAGUGGAAGCAGCUCAGAAAUUUGGCAUUCCUGUGGUGACUUCAGAAACAGGCCAGGAAUAUGUGUCUGAUCCUGCUUUCUGCACAUAUUUUAUUCUGAGUGAUUUUGAAAAUCCUGUGUUUGAAGAGUUGGACAAAGCAGGAGUUCGGUUAUUAGGGAAGCCGGCCUUGAUAGAGCAGUCAGCCAAUGGAUCGCUCACCUACACGAGGCGGCCGGUCUUUUGCCAUGUCAUGAAAGAUGCUGUCCUGGUCUUCACAGGAUUCAGAAAGAAGAGUGAAGUGUCCAGACUCCUGAAGUUGGUCCACUACAUGGGGGGCAGCGUGAAGAAUGAGAUCAAGGAUAACGUGACUCACCUAUUGGCCUACUCCUCCACGGGGGAGAAGUACCAGUACGCCAACACCUUCAACAUCCCCAUCAUGAGUGAGGACUGGGUGCACGCUGCCUGGGCCCACCGAGAUGAGGUGGGCGCCCGGGCCAGCACAGACUCCAUGGUCAAAUACAAAGUAAAAGUAUUCCAAAACCUGCGUAUAGUGCUGGUGGGCUUCCAAGAAGAGGACCAGAGCCAGAUGGAGGACCUUGUGCAGCAGAAUGGAGGCUUCAUCACCACCCUGGAGGACCAGCAGGCAACACAUGUGGUAUUGGAGGACCAGAGUGUGACCGAGAAGCCCCCGGACUGUCCACCGAGGGCACACAUUGUAAAGGCAGAAUGGUUCUGGACAGCUAUACAGAUGGAAGCUCCACCAAGUGAAACUUUACACCUUUUUGAAGAAAUAAACUCCAGUAAUCUGCUGAGUCCAAGACAAAUGUUCUCCUCGCCCUCUACGCCCGGUUCCCGGAGUCGGCGGCGCAAGCGGUUACGAGAGACAGUGCAGCACCUGGCCCAGGACGACUCCUCCUCUGGUCUCCCCUCCGCCCCGGCAAGCAGCAAAAGAAGAUCCUCCGUGGGUGACUUGGCGUACCUCUCAGCGGACGGCUCCUUCCUUGACGACACAGCCUCCACACCCAACAGACUCAUUGCGCCCUCUGGCAGAUCUUUCAGUGAGCUAGAUGGCAUUGAGCAAACCCCUCUCAGUCCGCCCCCGGUUGAUCUUCGGCAGCUAUCGGCAAGGCAGCGGGUGUUCCACGAGUUAGUCAAGACUGAAUGCAAUUAUGUCAGCAUUCUAGAUGCAAUAGAAAAGGUCAUCAAAAUACCCUUGGAGAACAGCUCUCAGCCCGGAGGCCCCAUGCUGGAUGCACAGGAGCUUCGCUACAUUUUUGGCAACUUGCCGCCCAUACACAGUGUUCACACAAGGCUGCGAGAUGACCUCCUCCACUUAGCACACAACUGGUCACCGGAUGCGAGUAUCGGGGAGAUCAUCUUGAAAUAUUCAACAGACUUAGAAAAAUCCUAUCCACCAUUCAUCAACUUCUUUGAAAAUAUGAAAGAAAUGCUGCAAAGGAUAUCAAGUGAAAGACCAAGGUUUCACGCUUUCCUAAAAAUUGCCCAAAACAAACCCGAGUGUGGCCGCCAGAGUUUGCAGGAACUUAUGAUCCGACCUGUGCAAAGACUGCCAUCCAUGAGUCUCCUCAUAAAUGACAUUCUCAAGCAUACUGAGAGGACCUCACCAGACCAUGCAGCCCUUGAACAAGCCCUCGACAAGAUCAAAUCCGUAAUGACAUUCAUUAAUGAUGACAAACGAAAGACUGAAGCCAAACUAAAGCUGUUUGAGAUCCACAAUGAUAUAGAGAUGUGUCCACCCAAUCUUGUGGCGUCUCACCGCAUGCACAUGGGCAAGGUGGACGUGACCGAGCUGAGCGACUGUUGUAGUGGACGCGGUGACACCCUCACACUCUUCCUCUUCAAUGAUGUGCUGGAGAUCUGUAAGAAGAAGAGUAAAUACAACAGCAUAAAAAGCCCCAGCCGAGCCAACUUGCAUGCCCUCAAGAGCAUCAAGAGCUACAAGCACUUGGAGAUGAUGAACCUGGCACACAUAAAGAGGAUUGUUGACAUACGGGAGACCGAAGAUUGUCACAAUGUCUUUGCACUGAUCAUUCGAAGCAACCAGGAGCUGAAGGAACGUCUCUUCACCUUCACUCUGCUUCAGGAGGAUGUUAGCAAGUCCAGCUUCCUUAAAACUUUGUGUAGAACCGUUGCAAACAUUGCCUGCAGAAAUGAUGUGGAAAAUUUCCUGGUGUCCAUGGAUCCCCACCAUCUCGACAUAGAGACAAGUGAUGUGAGCCUCACCAAUGCCCUAAGUAAAGCUCUCAAAUUUGCAACCCGAACUGGAAGGAAAGUCAGCCGAGCCUUCAGCUUUAACAAGUCUCCGAGCAAGUUGAAACGCGCCGUCUCCACAGUAAUGAGUCCCUUUGGCACGCUACCACAGCAGUCAUCCAUGCGAGGAGCAACAAGUGUAAACAAUCUAGCCGUGAGUGGAUUUGUCUUUAUCAGGAACUCCUCCUUCAGGAGGCUUUGCUCAUCCCAUGGCUACUCCCACGUCUCGCAGACGCACCCUGAAAAAUGCACACUGAAGACACCCUUCCGAGGAGUCCCGAAGCCUCUCGCCAAGUGGGUACGGCAGUGCUCACUGAAACCAUUGCCACAAACACAAGUGCCACGUUAUCACUCACCUUCAGGAUAGCUGUUAAGAGGGUUGUAAUAAUGCCA